UGUAAACUUGCAGUGAGAAAGAAAAUGGCGGUCUUCCUAAAGGAAAAAUAGACAUCAAGUCUAAUGAAUAUUUUUAAUGCUAUGAAUAAACAAAUUACGUGUUGCUGAAUAAGAUCAUCACUUUCCUCAGGUUUAGUAAUUUUCAGAUUGAGAAGUGAUCUUUAGUGAACAUCACAUUUAUUAUUUAUCUUUAAUUAAUUCGAAAAUUGAAUACUAAAAAAUAUUUUUAAACGAAUUAUGAACAGGCAGGCCCUACUACUUCCGAAUAGGCAUAGGCUGACAGAAAGUUUAAAAUGCCACAGUCUCAGAUAAGGCCAACCCUACACAUAUUAUUUCUGAAGAAUCAACGUUACUGAUGAUUACUUUAACUAUAAUUUCCGUUUUUCUGUAUAGAGUCUUACUAUAUCCUAGCCCCAUUGCCAUGCCAUGAAUCAUAUACAACUAGAGCUGGUGCAUAAUAAAUAAUAAUCUACUCUACUAGUAGUUACUCUACUGAUGAAUGAUACAAUUUAGUGGUAUUUUACUUAAUAAUAUUUAUCACCUGCAAUUGUUAAAUACUAUAGCUUGGUAAAGAUUGGGUUAGUGGUUUAGAUGGGAAUUCCAACACUAACACAUGACUUGGGGUGACCAACAGUUGGGAUGCCAGGAGGAUGUGUAUAAUUUAAUAUUAUGAUUAUAACUUUCCUGUUCUUCACUGAGCAUUACUUGCAUCAUAAUAUUCAUAAAUAAAAUCUGGUGAUUUAUAAAGUUUAUUUGAAAUAUAUUAAAAUUAAAUUUUCUGUUCUUAUUAAAACUCAACUUACAAAGUUUUAAACAAAGGCAGUGUCUACACGUCCGGCGCGCCGGAUGUCUAUCUCCCGCACUAUUUGUCCGGCGACCAAGUCACAUGACCGCCGUAACAAAGUGGCGAGAGAUAUUCUGUCGGUCAGCCUUGUCACGUGACUGCGAAUAAUUCAAAACUAUUAUUAAUUUUAAAAUCUAUUUCUCUACCAAGUAAUGUACUGAGUAUCUUGAAUGCAAAUAAUAGAAAAAAACUUAAGUGAAAGUGGCUUGUAAACAUUUUUGUGCACCUGUAAUCCAUAAAAUAAAUUCAGUGCCAGUGUGGAGUUGGCAACCAAAGAAGUAAAAGAUUUCAUUUUAAAUUGUUACAAAAUAUUUAAAAACUUCUCAUGAAACUACUGUUGCUGAUGAACAUGAUAAUAUUAAUAUAGUAUAAAAUAUUUUACAUUAAAAUGGGAGAAAAAAAAACAAAUCUUAUCCCCGGUAUUGAUCCUCAAAUCAUAAUAUCGUCAAGCGACCACUCUACCACUAAACCACACAAGAUCUACGAAACUGUACUUCAUUCGGAAUUAUAAAAACUACUAGCCGUCCGUCGGUCACGUGACAUACCGCGGACGUAUAUCUUGCGCACUAUUUGUCCGGCGCGCCGGACGUGUAGACACUUCGUUAAACAAAUAAAGAAGAAACCCAUAUUAGCAUAUUCCUAAGAGGGGGCCAUCCAUAAAUGACGCUUUUAAUGUGACAUCACAUAGCUUACCCCUGGGCGCCCGGAGGGGGGGGGGGCGGCACUGCCCCCCCCCCCCCCUGGAUUGAUUGGAUAAAAAUUUUUUUAGACAAAAAAUUUAUUAAAGUUUAAUAAAGUAAAGAGAAAAUAAAGAGAAAGUAACUAAGCUGAUGUCCUGUCCGUUCAUUCACCAUACAAAUACGCUACAGUAAAUUAAAACUACAUUAAAACAUUACAAAAAAAUGUUCCCCCCACACCCCCACCCCCCUAGGAAGUUUUCUGUGGGCGCCCAUGGCUUAACUCCCCCUCUUCAAAAUGUGACAUCAUUUACGGAUGACCCCUAAGCCAAAGAGAAAAAGACGUUGGCAUUGCUAGAAGUAAUUCAUUUUGAUUGGUUGAAAAAGAAGUACCUUUUCAUUGUUCAUUUCAACAUAAUUUUCUGGGCAAGACGAAAAAAAAAUUGUUUAAAAAAAUUCAUAGCCAAAUAUGAAAAUCUUUUGAAUACGGGACUAUAGUCAGAAGUUGACCUGGGGAACCUCCAUGAUCUAGUUACUGUGGAAAGCAUCCUCUGCACUACCAGACUGCUUACACAAUACCAGCCAAAUAGCGAUAGUUAAGAAGUUAAAGAAGGACUACAUUAGCCUACAAUAAUUUAGAAGCAUUUAAGGUAUUAAAAGAAGACUAAAUAAAAUACCUUGACAAGAAAAUUGUUUUAGGCAUCAUUUUAAGAGAAAAAUGAAAUAAAAAUUAUUAGCAGAUUAUUUUAAAAUAAAUGUAAAUUAAUGCAUUUAAAUUUGGGAGUGGGCACAUUUAUUUAAAGUGAUUUAAAAAGUAGAGUGUUAACAACUCAUGAUUUUCACAAUAUAUUUUCUCAGAUAUACCAUGAGUGAAGAUGAUACCCCACCCCCUCGUUUUGCAGGCCGCACUUACAGUCGCUCUAAACCUAGCAGAGCAAUAGAUGAGACAUCAGAUGGUAAAACAGUGCCUUUGAAAGCUGCUGUUUCUAUGUCAAAGUGGGGGAAAGCCAAUUAUGUUCCUUUUAGGGAAAGUGCAGAUGGUGCGUCUGAUGUCAAGAGAAUUAAGAUGGAGUGUAAACCUGAGGAUCCUUUUAGCUUUGAUACUGAAGAUAAAAGAAAGCUAAGCCCUGUCAAAAAACAAGCGGCACCACAGCAGCCAGAACCCAGACAGUCUACUAAACUUCCAGCUUCUAGAAUUCUUGUUAAGGGGGAAGGAUCUGAAGAAUACUUUCCAGAAAAGAUAAACGAAGUUUCUAAAUCUCCUGCAUUCCGCACUUACACUAGAGCCACCACUAAAAAGCCUAUCAUUAUGGAGCAGUUUAUAGAAGUUGGCAAAGUGAGUUUAUCAAGUGAGUCAUUGAACUACCAUGAUAGUAAAUUGAGUUCAUCUCAAGACUCUUUUACAGAGGCUAAAGAAGACUCUGCAGAAGAUGAUGAGAUUUUCCCUGUUCAGUUUAAAAGAGAACCCCUUAAGACUUACUCAGGAGAAGUUGUUACACCAGUUGACAAACCAGAUUCACCUCCACCAAGGAAAUCAGGCUAUAAGAAAAAGGGUGGACCGAGAGGCCGCAAGCCCCUGACUGUGUCUGACCCUGAUUUAAUUGAAGAAUACAAAAGAAAUUACGCAGCUCAACAGCUCAAAAGUAAACCGGAUACAGCAACAGGCGGUCUAAACAACAGUAUGGUGGUGUCUAAAGAAGAAAUGGCCAAUGAAGACCAGGGCACCACUGUUGUUGUUGUUUGUAAGCCAAAGGGACUAGUUGAAAAAACUGAUGUUCAUACAAAGUAUUUUGCAAAACCUGUAAAAUCUAAAGGUGGUUUAGUUCAAGUGUCAUCUGAUGCAUCAUCUCAAGAUACGGUUGGGGAAAAUGGUAAUACUGAUUCUACCACAUCCACCCCCGUGAAAGUUGAAAGUGUCCCAACUCACAUCAGUAGUCGUCAUAAAAAUGUUUCUUAUGUGGCAGCUAAUUCUGAAGGAUUACCCUCACAAGGCAGCAAUGCCAGCAAUCAAUCAUCCCCUUCCACAGUGUCACCUGUCCGACGUGUUGCUCAGGGCAGAGGCUCAAAUUUGGAGUCUUCUCCACUUGUGCCAACUCCAGGAUCAACUGACAGCAGCUCUCAGGGCGAUGGUUCACUAGGUCGUGGCAAACGUUAUAGAAUAUUUAAAUCUCGUGCUCCUCAGGUGGAAGAAGAACUUAAGCCACCAAUUUAUGGAGAUGAAUUAAUGGAGGAUGAAGAAUCACCUUUGCCAUGCAGUGAACAGGCAGUAGACACGUCUGUUGGAGCACAAUCACUUAUUAGUCAAGAUGACAAAAUAGUAUAUGUUGAGAUAGAUGUAGCAAUGGAAGAGUCUUCGUCAUUAACCCAGCAAUCUUCAAAUAACACUGGAUCUGCAGAACCACCUAGCACUGUUGAAACAGAUAGUGAUCCUUCCAUUGUUAAACAGAAUGACCCAUCUGCAGCAAGGGAAUUACUAGCUGCUCGUCUGAGAAAUAUGGAAAAGGGCAAUGAUUCAGACUCCACAGGAGAGCCAGACAAUAUGUCAGAGUGCUCAGAGAAUCUUCAGUCUCAGGAGUCACCUUUCAAUAACCAGAACACUCACGAAGAAGUCAGCCAGAAGGAAGUUUCAAGUGCCCCUAGGAAGUUUUUUAAAUCAAAGAAAUCAUUGUCGGGCUCAUCAGAACUUCAGAGGAAAAUAUUUGGAGGUAGUCCACAAAAAGGGGUAAGCAUAUGAGUUUCUUAACUGAAUUUCUCAUUGAAUUUAGCAUGCAAUUAAAACACACAUGACAAUUUAGAUACAUCAUAUGAACUACAUGAGUUGAAGUAAAAUGGGUAGCGCAACUAUUAUUUAGAACAGUAAUUGAUAUGUCAGUGUAAAAAAAUUCUUAAUAUUUUUUUUAUUACAGUCACCGGCAAAGGCCACAUACAAUGCACGGUCCUGGUAUACUGAACAUGAUGCAGAUGAUAUAAAAGAGGUGUGUAAAUGUUUAUUUACUUCCUAUAUAUUCAGAAAAUAUUUUUUAUUAAAUCUUAAAUUUAAAUAUUGAUUUAGAUAUAUUAUGAGUUAAUGUUUCAGUCAUAAGACUACUUUUUAAUAUUUUUAAUAGAAAGCUUACAAUAUUUUUUUGUAUUUAAAAAAAAAAAAAUAUUUUAUGAAAUUGUGAAACAUUUAUAUUUUGAAAAUAUUUUUGCCUUCAGGAAUUAUCCCAAAAAGGCACCAUUAAAAAAAAUGAAAAGGAUGAAGAUAUUGUUAUUAUAAAAGAUUCAAGCAAAGGGCCUCAAUUGAAACGUGAAGUACACUGGCCUGAAAGACAGUAUGAUGAGGCUUACACAUCGCUAAGAGUGAGCAAAACUCAUAAAGAGGUAUUGACUGUUUAUUUAUUUAAACUGUUAAGCUAAUUUUGUAUUCAUAUUGCAAUUGAUUUUUAAACCUUUUCAUUUAGGUAGGUUCACACUGCAGAUUUGUUGAUGUUUACGAUCUCCAGUUUGACAGGGAUAUAUCUCGUAGUUGUUUACUCUAAACAAGCAGAACUUAAGUUUAUAUUGAUCAAUAUGUGCUAGCACAGUGAUCAGCAGCCUGUUGCUGUAUGUGGCUCUUUAUGUGAAUGAAUUCACCUUUUUUCCCUUUAGCUUUGAUUUUACCAAUGAUCACUCAUGCAAUGCAGAGGAAAAUUAAAACUUACAAAAACAAAAAAACUUAAAAAUUAAUACCUUUUUUUUAAUAGUAAGAAGACAUUGUUCCUCUUAAAUCAUUUCUUGUCUUGCCCACUCCAAUAAAUUCAAACUUGAAAUUUAUUUCACAAAUUUUAUUUUUCGAACUGAAAUUUAUUAAUAUGGAUUCUAUCCAAUAUUACUAAUAAUUAACAUUUUUAAACAAGUCAACUGAUAUUAAACUCAUUUUUUUCUUUUAUGACCAAUUUAUAAUCUACCGGCUGCUAUACUACUAGCCUGUCAGCUGAUAACAAUGCAUGUACAUAAAAUAAAGGUUUUGGGAUUGUGUUUGUAUAUUGCCAGCAGAAAAUAUACAGGAACACUUACCAAACCCGUGAUAAUGAAAUCUGCCCACCCUAUUUUUGUUAUAACAAGUAAAUGGUCUCACUGGUAAUAAUUUUCGUUUUUUAUUUAUAAAUGGCUUUGGCUUACAUUUUUUACUUCAGCUUUACACUGUGGUACACAAUGUUAAGCAGACCCAUGAAGUACAGGAACUUGGAGAAACUCAGGACUUCAUGGAUGAAGUUGACUACCUAUUGGAUAGUUUACAGGACACCAAGUCUAAAUCCAUUCGUUGCCUUAGGUGAGUCAUUGAAUCAUCUUUAGAGCUUUUUGUUUACAAAGUUGAUGGACAACCACUUAACAAAUGCUGUUAACUCCCUUGUCACUACACAUUUUUUUUUCAUUUCAAAGUGUGAUACCAUUUCAAUUGAGGUUAUGUCUCUGAAUUACAUGAAAUUUGUAUUUAUGUUCCACAAUAGCAUGAAUUUUACCACCAAUUUUUUUGUCUAAAAAUUUUUUUCUCCCUUUCAACAAAUUUUAUGAAAAGUAUUUAGCCAAUUACUGCAUUUUCUGCCAGUAAUUGUUUUUGGUUACUUUUAAAUUUAUAUGUAAUAUUUUCAGUUCUGAAAAUUCUGUGUCCAAAUAUACCAAAGAAUUUUCCUUUUCCUAUGGUGUACAGGAUAGUAUUGUGCUAUUAAAUAUGACAUUCUUGGCAAAUAUGAAAAGUGUAGGUGCCUUAAAUUCUGCACCAUUGAGAAUGUUUAAUAGGCAAAGAUGGGAUCAAAGUAAAUUUUUACUAUUCAUAUUUUUUCAUGUAAAUUGCAAAUAAUUUGUCCUGUCCUAAUUGAUUGGUAACUACAACUUUUUAAAAUACUUUAUUUGUAGUUGUUUAAAGCUUGCUGGAAAGUGUAUCUCACCUGCUUUUCGAAUGCAUAUGCGAGCUCAUGGUACAGUUGCAAAAAUAUUCAGUUUGCUUCAUGAUGCAUGUACAGAUCCUGUAAGUAGGCAUUGACUUUAAAGGAUACCAGAUUAGUUUAAAAUGAAAGAUAUUUUAAAUGUAUUAAAUUAGUUAUUUCUUGAGAAAAUUGAAAUUGUGACUUAAUUUUCCUGUUUAUGUAUGUGAUAUUCUUUCUUAUUUACUUAUUUUUUUAAUUAAAAAAUUAUAGUGUUUAGCUCUGAGCACAUCAGCCAUGAUGUUCAUGCUCAGCCGUGAUCGUCUGAAUAUGGAUUUGGACCAACACAGUCUUAACCUCAUGUUGAAACUGAAUGAGGUUGACACUGCUGAUGCUGAAAAGGCAACUGCUGCAAGUUUACGAGAUUUAGAAAAAACUAAACAAAGAGUUCAAGAGUUACUGGCUCAGCUGCAACAAGAAACACAUGCCAGAGAAAUUGAUUUAGGAUUUGUUUCGGUAAAUUUAAUGUCUCUCCUUUUUUUUUUAUUUAGCUGUUUGUGAGAUUGCAAUGUUAGAUGCAAUUAGAAUACAUAAUGAAGUCAUAGUCAAUAAUUGGAAAAAAUUUUAAAAAAAUAAUUUAUGGAAAUAAUAAAAGAGCUGUCAAAUUUUAAUUAAUUCUAUAAAUUAUUUUGUCAAAUGUGUAUUUUAAAAACACUGAAUUUUAUGCCUCAUAUUCUUAGCCAAUUUCUAAAAUUUUGACUCUGAAUGUUCAAUUAAUAUAUAACCUCUCAGUAGUAAUUGAAGCCAAUAAAAUCUAUACUUGUGAAAAGGUGAGAUUAUAAAACAGAAUUUAAGUUCUCUCCCAUUGGAAAGGGUUUUAUUACCUUAAGGUACCAGGUAAAUUAUAUUACUUUAUCUGAAUUUUUUUUAAUGAACAAGUUUGUAGAUCAAAUUAUCCCACUCUGGGUCUCUGUAUGUAAAGUUUGUAUCUAGGUUGUACCUGGAUACUGAAAGUGGGGUUGGGGGCAGGCAUUGUGCAUAUUGUUUUUUAAAAGACAGGUGAUAUAUAAUCUUCUACUGUAUAAGUUAUAUUUUAUUUUUAUGGUUGUUUAAAAGUAUUUCUCUUAGAGGGAUCUUAUAUAGUAGAUCAGAUCUUCUGCUGAGUUUAAAGUUCUGUUAAAAUUUGCAGUCUCCUUUUAACAUGGAGCUUGUGUUGUUCAUAUAUAUUUCUUGAUUAGUCUUGUGUCAUUUCUUAUUUCUGAAAGUUAUCUCUUUUUCUAUGUUAAUUUUACAUAAAUAUGUAUAAAUUAUAGACUGGUAACCUGGCUAUGGAAUCUUUACUAAGCUUGACCUCAAGACGGGCUGGGGAGUGGUUUAAAGAAGAGCUACGAAUAAUGGGUGGCUUGGAUCACAUUGUGGAUUCUGGUUAGUUCAUUUUGUUUAAUCCCAAUUAUUAAAAUUAUUUUUUUUAAAAUCCUUUAUUGAUUUCACAUUUCAAGUUAGAAUAUGACUUAAAGAGAUUUUUUUUUAUUGUUGCUACAUGUCUUUUUAACUUGUAUCUUUCAUCUUAUGCUUAGUGACAGCCUGUGAAAGAAAUCUACCUGAAGAUUUAACACAAGAUAUUCAGAAUGCUCUUCCUGUUUUGAGGAAGCUUGACAGAUGUUUAAGAGUUUUGGAGAAUGUAAGUAUUGAUGUAGAAAGGGAUCAAUAUAUAUAGAGGGAAUUAAUUAUUAAUAGUGCAUGUGCAAUAGAUUCCAAAGCUUCUGUGUUAUUUAGAAAUUUGUUCCUCUUAAUGAACUCUUGUUGAAACUUUGUCAAAAACUAUGUUGAAGUGAAAAAGCAAAAUUGAUGAGUUACAGAUUUUCAAUAUAUCUACAUUGAUGAUAAAAAUAACAAACUAUCUAAAAUAUCUGUAUUUUGGAAAAUGGCAUACAUUUAUCAAGCAAAAAAGUUUUAGUAGAUGUAAUUUCCUAAAUAUAUUUCCUGACAUAUCAGACUUUUUUUCUGUUAAUUUUCUUAAUCGCAAAAGUUUAGCUUUCAAAUAAAAUUGAGAAAAAUAUAUUCUUUACUUUCAGAUAAGUUCCAUGAAUGCUGAUAAUCAAUUCUAUCUGAUAUCAUAUAAAAAUGCCUCUUUGCUCCAGUCAUGCACCAGGUAUGUAAUGCUAUGUAAUAUAGACAAUAAUAAAAGUCUGGAUGGCAAGAUAUUUUCACAUUAAAGAAUUCUGCUUAAUUGGGCCAGUUUUAUGUGACAAAUAGCACAAAGAAUGUCCUAUGAUUUAUUUGUAAACAUUUCAGUGGGGAGUAGAUUGAGAUUUAUUGUUUGGCUACACUUGUAGCCUAAUCUAAUCUUUAAAAAAAAACUGCUUUGUUCACUAAGAGGACAACAUGUUUAAUUACAUUAUGCAAUAUAUUGUGUCAAAUUCUUCUACUUCUAGUGAUUAAACUAAAUUAGGAAAGGAAGGUUGUUUCAGUUUUAAAAAUUCCCCCACUUUUCUCAAGAUUGCCUAAUAAAAAAAGCUUUUGAAGUUUCUUAUUUAAAACGAAAACUCUAUUAGCUCCUUGAUAAAUAAUUUAGUAAGAUUUAAUUUCUAGCAGAGUGAUAUCACGUUUUUUUUAGGACCCUACGCCUCUGUCAGCAAUGUAUGCCUACAUAUGCAAUGCAUGAAAGCCCAGAUGAGGACAAGACUUUAAGAGACACACCUGGCUACACAGUCUUAACCUGUAUGCUUGCUGUGCUUAGAGUUUUGCUUAAUGUAACACAUGAACACAGUAAGUAUAAUAAUAAAAUCCUGGUUUCAGCAUUUAUUCUACUUAAUGGAAAGGAAAUAUAUCUGGACCAUACUUAACCCAUGAACUGUGGUCGGCCGAAAAAAUGGCAGACUUUCUCGUUUUGAGCAAAAUUUUUUAACGGGGUGGGCAAUAUGGUCAUCUUUAUCCCCAUCCAUUUAACUUUCUAAAAAUAUAUACUUAUUGGAGGUCUUGUAUCAAUAUUUCUAUGUCAUUUAAUGCAAUUUCAAAUGGCUCUCAAAACGCUCUGAAAAGCUCCACACCACGGAAUGAUGCAUGCCACAGUUCAUGGGUUAAGAAAAUGUAGAAAGAUGUUUGAUGUCUCUGGAAAAAAAAAGAAAGAAACAUGUUGUACUGAUUUAUUUUUCCAGAACUUGGUGAUCUUGAUUCUGCUGCAGAAACGUCUCUGAUAGAAACGAUAUUGAAAUGUUUGACAACAACACAGUGGUGUAUUCCUGUAGAGCAAAGGUUUGAUAUGGCAGUAUUGGUACGUAUUUUAUCCAGCAAUUUGUGCUUUAAGGAUAUCUAAGCCUGUAUCCUAAAUGCUGGACCAUAAAAGCAUAACUUAUUUUAAGAAUUGGGGAAACAUUAAUCUAGACCAAGAAUUUUAGCUUUGUGUAAUAAUUCCUUUAACAUCCAAUAAAAGCAAUUAAUAAUAAUAAUAAUAAUUAGUGGUCUUUAAAGCGCGGUACCCCAGCCUAGGGCUGGGCUCACCAUGCUGUACAUAAAAAUAUUAUCAAAAGAGACAUAAUCAUGACAUUAUUUUCAAAUUAAUCAGUUUAAGUUUGAUAGUUAAUUCUUUUAUAGCUUUAGCAAAUGUGUUCCAAUAGUUACAAAUUACACAAAAGAGCUGUAAAAAGAGCAUACUGAUUUUAACAUUUUUUUUCUGUAGUGUCUCGGUCUGCUAAUAAAUCUUGUUGAGAACCGUCACACAAACCGUAAGAUAAUGAUGGAAAUGGAAACUCAGGUCAAGUACACAGAGAGAGCUCAGGCCAAAACAAUGAGUGCCAUCAAGGCAGUAGUGGAGGUAAAAAAUUCAGAUUGUUACUUGUAAAAACUUGUACGACAUUCGCCGAGUCACUUGUAUCAGUUAUAAAUAUUUAACUAACAAUGUUUAUAUAUUAAAAGUACUUCCAAUAAUUUUCUCUUUUCAAGUUGUUUGUUCAAAGAGAGCAGGCUGCACGUGAAAUGGAAGAAGACAAUGAGACCUCAACUGAUACAUCAAGUUCAGAAUCUCCCAACAAAAGUGGUGAAUGGAAGGAGUCAGAUUCUGGAAUAGAGUGGAUAACCAACAGUCUGAAGAAAGCAAAGGAAGAGGAGGAGAAAAUGAAGAAGUCGACAGUAGCAGCUAAAGAGGGUGAUGAAGCUAACCAGAGUAUACUGGAAGAUGAUGAGGAGACAUUCACUAAAGGUACAAAAUAUGUUUGUCUUCUGUUCCUUUAUUCCGGUUCUUCACAAAGCAGAUGAUACAUCGAACUUAUUGGUAGUUAAAUCUUAAUGUCCUAUUUUUAAGUUGCUUAAAAUAUCUAAAAUAAAAAUAACAAAAAUGCAAGUCUCUUAAGAUUAAUUUGAAAAAAAAAUGAAUUUCUCUUAUUUUUUACUUUAAAAUUUAGCACUACAUAAAGCUGGCAAGCAUAUGGAGAACAGCAUUGUGGCUUCUUAUGCUGGACUUUUACUGGGUACUACCAUAAUUGAUGAUAAGGUAAAUAUCCUACAAUUUUCUCUUAUUAAAGCCCAUUUUUGAAUUAUUUAUUAUCAAGCAGCUUUUAGAUGAUGCUGCUUUUAAGAAUAAUAUUUGAGAAGUAAACUGUAAUUUAUGAUUUAUUCUUGGUUUAGAAGAUGCUUGGAGAAUCACUGUAGGCUAAACAAAAACAUAUAAUUAAGCAUUUUUGCUAUUCCUGGAUUGUAGGAAUAUUUAAAACCUUUGCUGGUUCAGGUGAUGAACUAUUUUAUAUUGUAAGUAAUCUUAAGCUUGCCAUGUUUGAUCAUUUUUGAAUGGGAGGGAUAAUAAGUGGGGGGAGACUGGGAUCAGGUUGGGUGAAAGGAAAUAAAUUAUGCAAGGUAGGGGAAAACUGAAAAAAUAGGCAAAGAAAGAACAAACAUGUCUGCAAGAAGACUUGGUCAGAAAUCAGUACAAAAAAAGAGAAGCAAAGGAAGUAAAAAUAUAAAAAUAAAAACGUUGCUUUAAAUUUAAUUCCAAGAAAACAGCAGGAGGAAGAUAAUUUUAAAAGGGAGGUAAUUUAAAUAAACUAGGAGAUAAGUAGCCAUGAAGAUUUCAAAUUACAGACUCAUGAUAUAUGUUGACAGAAAAUUUACCAAGUCAGUAUCAAUUAAGAGAUUUUUUUUUGCUUUAAAGAUCAGUGUAUGGCAGGCUCCUUCUGUACUUAGUUCUUUGUAGUAUAUGUAAUCUAUUUUGUUUUCAACUUCUGCGAUCAUUUGAACAUAUGUAUUUAAGAGCUUUUAAUCCAUGCAUUGUGUCAUUGAAACUUCUAUCUUUGUUGUAGGAGUAUGCUGCUACUGUGAAAAAACUCAUUCCAAAUGAAGACUUUGGUCCUAUGAUAAAGAUGUUAAAGAAAUUCCUCAAUUUCAUGAGUCUUACUGUAAGUUUAGCCUAUAUUUUUGUAUUUUUAAUAUCUACUUUAAAAAAAUGCAGGUAUUGGACUAUUUAGAUUUUAUGAACUAGACUCACUGCACUUUAUUUUGUAACCAACCAAAAAAAAAAACAACUAAAAGUGAAUGCUAGAGACAUUUUAAAUCUUUUUACCACACUCCUAAUAUCAAUACUGAAAAAUAUUUUUUUAAUAUACCUAAUUCAAAAAUCUUAUAAUAAAUACCUGGAUCGAAUUCAAUCCUCCAGGGGUAAUAAGAGUUCAUCUUCAGGUUACAAGGGGGUUAAUGUUGAAAAAAAUAUAAUUUUUAGUUUAAACAGCUUUAUGAUGCUCAAUGCAGCUUGUAAUCAAGUUACUGUGGACAACUAUAUAACAUAAUUAUUGAAUUGAUGAUCUAGUAGUUUUGUUAGUUAUUUAAUGGAUUUAAAUUUUAAUCUAUUUUCAGACUGCUUUUGGCAGCACUGAUGUUAACGGUAUCACGAAGGUUAUUGAUGUCUUGGAAUCAGCGUGAUAGUGAUUUUUUCUUCUGUUUUCAUCUUAUUGUGCAUGUCAAUUGAUUUUUCUUGUGAGGGAGAAUCAAAGUUAGUUCUUGUGUUAAUGUUUUACUGUCAGUUUCUCAUAGUGCUAUGAUUUUGUUCUUAAUCUUUGAAUUAAGACACAGAACAUUAAGAUUUGUCCCUGACAUAAGCAGAUGAAUAACUUGAGUGAUGACAUCUGAAAAAUUUAAGUGAUCACAUCUCUAGUUUCUUGCUAAGUGCUGAAAAUGUAUCUGGCUGAUAAUAUAUACAUUAUCAUUGUUACUAUUAUUCCAAUAUUAUAUCAUGGUGUGGAUAUAUGUGGGUACAGAUUUAUAUUCACAAAGUAAUAUAAACUGGAAAGAUCUCUGAUUAUCAGCAAUGAACGAAAAAAUGCUGAGAGUAAUGUUAACCCUUUUUUUUUUGAGUAAAAUUACUUUUAUGUAAACCAUUGGAAGAACUCAAUGACUCUUGAGAGCAAUAUGAACUUAUCUGUUUUUAUAAGACGACUUUUUUUUUGGUUUUAAGGACAAAGGCUGAAUAUAUGGACAGAUUUUUAUGUAACAUACACAAGAAAAGUGCCCAUAUAAAACCAAAUCGAGAUCCCAUUAUGAUUGAUUGAAGAUAAAUAAAAAAUAAAUUGAACAAAAGGAAUUUAUAUACUUUUUGAUUUGCGGUAUAAUUUUAAUGAUUUCUUUUUGGCCUUAUAUGAAUAGUUGUUUGUGGAUGUGGAAGUUUAGUUAAAAUGAUAAUACUACAGAUGAAUUAAGUCUAGAUAUACAUCUCGAUAUAAACAAUUAUCCAAUAUUAUAAAUGAAUAUAUACACAUCCUCAUUUUCACAUAUCGUUAAUAAUUCUUUAUCAUUUUGCAUGUCUUAAAAGAAAUUCUGGUUUCUAGGCACUGGCAAACAUUUUUGUUUGUUAUUUCCAGAAUAAAUAUUUAAAAAAAUAGGUUUUCAAUAUAUUCCUUCAGAAUGCGUAGAAUAAUGUAUUUUUAAAAAUGUUAUUUAAUUUUUGAAGUUGACUCAGAAUCCUUUGAAAAACUUUUAGUGACUUCACUGACCAGAAAAGACAUCGGCCACCUC